AUGGCGUCGCUGUCCUUCAGUUCCCUGGCGCUGCCGCCUUCGCAGUCUAGGAAGGUGUUGGCCUCCGCGCCGUAUAAUGGGGCGUUGAAGCCCAUCGUCGUCAGGGGUGAUCCUCCUACCUUCGUUUCGGCUCCAGGUCGCCGGAUUGUGGCGGGUGAGGCUUCAUCGCCUGCGGUCUUAUUCGUACCCUUUCGUGUCUCCGGCUGUCGUUCGCUGUGGUUUUUGGUGUUCUGGGACUCUCGCGGUGCAUCCAUUGAGGAAUCGGGAAUUCCGUUUUUACGGCAUGGAAACGAUGGGAGACGGGACAAUUCGUAUUUCUGAUCGCCGAACGUUUGCAUCGGUUUGUUUUCUUUCUGCUAUAUGUUAUUCUCCUGAAGAUUGAUGUUGGGAAAUCAUAGUGCGCCUUUCUUCGGGUGUUUAUUGAUAUUUUACAACACUUCAGUUAACUUUAUGAUCUAUUAAUCGGAUAUCCUCCAGCAGCCGUCUCUUCGUCUAGUCGACGCAGAAAACAUCAGCAAACAAAGCAUAAAAUGUAAUACUUUCUUUGCAGACCUCUCUGCGAGAGAAGGCAGUUUAUUUAGCAAUCUGUGUCCUCCGGUUCAUUGUUCACGGACCAACUUUUUCUUUUUAAGACGUCGCGAUCCUCCUCUCAAACCGCUAUUCUCAGAUGAUAUUCUAUGUAGUUCUAAGAGCAUUCAAUAAGGGAGCGAUUGAAUUCAAGAAGAAGCUCAAGUUUUAACUGAAUGCAUUAAAUUGUCAUUCAAUCAUAAGCCCUUUACCAUCAUGGCUACUGUUGCUAUUCGAGCAGAUUGUCCUUUUACCUCUCUUUCAUUAGUUGUAGUGAACAAGUUAUUGGUCAGCAGUGCAUGGGCGAAUCAGAGGAGUCUCAAAAUCUUCAACAUUAUUUUCGAGUAGUUACUGUUUUUUUAAUUUUUUUGUGUCGUAGGUAAAAAAUUCAUAACAUGCAGAUAACAUCAGAUAUUUAUUAUUUUGUGUACUAUCUUUUGUCUUACGUUUGGAUAGCAAAUAUUUUGUUUCAUCUGCUUGUUUGCAUAUUAUUUUUCUAAGUGUUUCUAACUGUACCUCAUCAUGCAAUAUAGUUGGGGACUUGCAUGGGGAUCUUGCUAAAGCUCGAUGCGCACUAGAAACAGCUGGUGUCCUAAGCUCUGACGGUCAGGAUUUAUGGACUGGUGGAGAAACGGUAUGAAGUGUUCUUAGCGCACUUAGAAGUCCAUAUAUUGCCAUGGAAUGUGAAAUUUUAGUAUAUAAUUUUAUUUUAUUUUUCAUGAAAAGCUAAAGGCAUCAAUGACAUCGCUAUAUCAAUAUAAAUGAAAAAGUAAUCUGCACUUAUUAUGAGACUAGAACUAUGAGAUAGUUUGCAUAGAUAACCAUCAAUGGAAAUUUAAUUCUAUACACUCAUCAUUUCUUCUUUUCAUGAACGUGGGACAAAACUUUGUGAAUUCUUAUUGUAUUUUCUCAUGCCAAUUAUUGUAAACUGGAGAUGGACCAUGGAACUUUUUCCACGGAUAGAUUUUUAUGAAUAUGUGGCAAAAGGGUAAAACUGCUUUGCUAAUCAUCGGAACUUUUCCUCAAUGCGCCCUUAGAGUAUUGUUCAUUUGGACAUAAUGCUUUUUACCACUUUCACACUAUCCCACAUGUUCAAAGAGGGGAUGUGACUGCAGAAUCGCAGAAUUGUCAGGCUGAUAUAUUACAAUCAAAAUGACUACUGGUAAAUUCAGUUGGAAAAAUAUGCAUAAAAUAGGCGUAAUGCACAUUUAUAUGAUUUGCCUCACGCUGCUUUUCCAAUAUUUUGAUUUGAAUCAUCAUUUUUCCGGUGAGUAACUAAACUAGUCCUAUGCUCUUUAUUCAUAGGUGUUGAUUCAGCUAGGGGACAUUCUGGACCGUGGAGAGGAUGAAAUUGCUAUCCUGUCAUUAUUACGAUCUUUGGAUGUACAAGCAAAUGUAGUCGGGGGUGCUGUCUUCCAGGUCGGGACAAAGUGAAUGGUUGCUUCUUUUUUCCCAUAACGUUUCUGGAGGAGCCAUUUUUGCCCAUAUAUAGCUUUCCUAAUUAUUUUGUGGUUCUUAUGAUAUCCUUUUGCUUUUUCUUAAGCAGGUUAAUGGAAAUCAUGAAACCAUGAACGUAGAAGGUGAUUUUCGCUAUGUUGAUCCUGGGGCUUUUGAUGAAUGCAUAGACUUCUUAGAGCACUUGGAUGGUCAUGGAUACAAUUGGGAGGAAGCUUUUGUUAGUUGGAUCAGCGUAUCAGAAAGUUGGAAAGAGGAUCGCAGAAAAUCCCAAAGUGGCUGGGGGCCUUGGCAGCUGUUGAAGGUAGAAAUAUUUUCCGUUUCUCCCAGGAUUCUGGUUGAAAUUUGUUUAUUUCAGUAUUAGAUCUGAAUUAGUAAAGAAGAGAAACAAGUCCAAGAAUUUUUUAACAAUCUUUUAGUUGAAACUUCAGGUUACCUUGAGUUCUGUAAAUGUGUAGAAAACAAUCGUCGAAUUUCUUCAAUCUAUUCAUUUCGUAACUAAAAAAAUUGGUAAUUAUUCAAAUCCUGAAUAUUCAGAAGUUGGAAUAGUGAGUCCCUGGAUCUAAUGAGCUCCCAGCAGUGAUUCAGUCCUCCUGGAAUUUUUAGUUGUUUUCAAUUUAUGGGAAUCGGACAACAUUUAAUUGAAAAUUCACCAGAGAAUAUAUGAUUCCCCCCAAAUUUCUUUUGUCAAAGAAAAACACGGCGACAUUUUCUGUACCUGGGAAAUAUACAACCGAACAUCAUUCAACUACUGACCAUGGCUUUAAUCCUAGUGGUGAGGAAGAAGCCUCAUGAAUUACGUCUAAAGGAGGAUCCUCACAUAUUAUGAAUCCAAUUGGAAACUUGACCAUUUUUUACGUAUAAAGGGCCUUGCUGUUGUGUCAUUUUGCUUCACGGUUUUCUUGGAAGUUGAAAGUAAACACUUCUCUGUAUUGUGCAUUACUUCAUGGUUUUCCUGGCAUUUUAUGUCAUACUACAUUUGUGGUUUUAGAUAGCCCUUGCGUUUUUAUAGAUUAUUUUUUGUUUUUACCAUCAGAUGAUCGUGUUUUUGCUAUGCUUGGCUGUUCAUAUGGGUAGUGAUCGUUUGAAUCAUAUUACGUGCUUUCAUUUGAAUAUCCACGACGACACUCCACAUUUUUAUCGUUAUGGAAACAUUGUCAUUUACUUGGAUGGAAGCGUUUCAUCCUUGAUAGCUUGGAAAUGUUGGCAUUCCGACCAAUUCUGCCUGAUUGUUUGUCUUUGGUGAUAUAUUGAGGUCAUCCAGUUGAAUACAGGCCAUGAAAGGGUAGAACAUGAAUACCGUGUAAUAUAUUUAGAAGCAGAUGGGUUAAAUCCGUUCUAGAAUUUUAUGCUUGGCUAGGAGGCCAACAAUAGAAUUUUAGAAAAAGGAGGCAAAAGAAGAAAUGAAAAAGGAAAGAACACAGCUAAGCUUUCUAGCAUUGUAUUUUUUUUGAAGAUAAUAUGAUUUCGAUUAAAAAAAUGAUCUGCUUUUUUCCAUUGAUGUUAUGGUGAUUUCUGCCUAAAGUAUGUGACGAGUGCAUCAUGUAUGUUGAUCUUUUGAACUACACUUCAGCUGUCUGAAUGCAUUCUAUCUAUCUGAGCUGUUGACUUCUAUGCUGACAGAUGUGUUCAAUUAGGACAGAGACAGAAAGGAGUUCUGGCGAGAUCAACUCUUUUGCGACCGGGUGGUCCAUUAGCUCGUGAAUUAUCACGUCAUGGUGUUGCCAUUAAAGUUGAAGAUUGGCUAUUCUGUCAUGGUGGACUUCUUCCCCAUCACGGUAAAUUAAUGACGAAAUUUGAUUGCUUCAGAAAAAAAAUCAACUUUGACUUUUUCUUUGCUUUAAUAUCUCAAAAUUCGCAUUCACAUCCGCCAAUAUAACAUAUAAAAGACAUAAUUAUUCAUAUAUCAGGUUAAUAACGACCGUAGAGAAUAAGGAUUCUAGAAGAUUUCUGCCAGGCAUGAAAUACCGAAUGAAAACUUUCGCAUCAUUUUAUUUUACGUAAGUUUAAGCAUUUUCAAUUUUUCAACUAACAACUUAUGGAGAAAAAUAGAAGCUGUUAUGACGGGAAGCCAAUGUUCCAAACAUAAAGAUCACGACUUGCCUUGUUUACUAUGUACUGAAAUCAUUUCAUACUAUAGGCCAUGUGAUGAUAUAUUUCAUGUUUGAACUCUGAACUUUCAGUUUUAUAGUCUUUGUCAUUUAUCUUGAGCACUGUUUCACAACCUAGACCUUAUCUAUUUACAACUGCUGUUUUGUGGCCUCAUAAUCCCCUGCAUUACUACAUAUUUUGACAGUUGUGGAGGGUUUUGUGCCUCUUAUGUUCUUCGAAAAAGUUUUGACAUUAUUUAUGCUAUUUUCCAUAUUUGGAGCGCUCCCUUGUUUCUCCACAGUCAUAUUGUUUAAACUUUUUGUCACAAGUUAGUUUUGCAGAAUCGAAUGUACAUCGCUUACUGAGUUAAUCAUCUCGCAGUUGCAUAUGGUGUCGAGAGACUAAACAAAGAAGUUUCAUGCUGGAUGAGAGGUGGGUCAGGAGAAGAUAUCGACGACCUCGAAAUUCCAUUUUUGGCUACCCGGGGCUAUGACAGUGUUGUCUGGAAUCGACUGUAUUCUAGAGAACCAGCAGACAUGAGCUUUCGCAAACAACAGGUAUCUUCAAGUUAGGCGCUUUCUACUGGCUGCUGAGUUUGCCAGAACCUGUAAAUUCAAUAUUUUGUGAUAUUUUAUUCUUGAGAUACAGAAGAUAAAUAUACUACUAGGGAAAGAGUUUCUUCCAGAUCAUUUAGAGUGUUUAGGAAGAAAAGUUUUUGUGGUCCAGUUUUUCUAUUUUUUUCUCACUUGAAUGGUUUUUUUCCCAGAUUUGCUCAGUUGCAGAGGAGACAUUGGGAUCAUUAGACGCCAAGGCAAUUGUAGUAGGCCAUACCCCGCAACCUAGUGGAGCAAACAGGUACUAACGAUUCUAGCAACGAGGGUAUGCCAUCUUCUCCAUUUAUUUAAGCAUAGGCUCUUCAUUUUUUGAGUAAUAUAUUUUUUUUAUCUUAUUUUAUGAAGCAAAUGUAACGAAAAAAUAUGGUGCAUUGAUGUGGGGAUGUCAAGUGGAGUCUUCAAUUCAAGGCCAGAGGUGCUGUUUAAGCUCUUUUCGAACCUUCCUUCUUGAUCCAGCACUUUCUAACCAUGCAGCAUCGGGGAUUCAACAGGUUCUGGAGAUUGUAGACAACAGAGCGAGAAUAUUAAGAAGCUCGGCGGAUUCGUUUGCCGGAUUGGAGGCUGUAGAUUACAUCUGA